AUGGGGAAAAGGCUUUGGAAUAGUCUCCAGCAUCGAAAUUAUUGGGGGCGUCAUCGCAGUUGGUGUUUUCUUACUCCUUAUUGCUAUUGUUGGCUUAGUUGGAGCAGUUAG